CUUACGGGGGAAUUGCCCAUAGAUCGCUUACAAGAAUGGUUGAUUCAGAGAAUAGUACCAGGGAUCGAAAACCGAACUACGACUGACAAUGCCGUCGACCACGGUACGACACGUCGUGCUGCAAUACGGUGCUUCAAUGGUACUACUCGAUCUUCAUUUCCAAGUCUUCAUUUCUAUUCCUUAUAAAAGCGACGAGCAUGGAUUUGAGUUUGCGAAUCUUUUUAAUUCUCAAUUUGAAUCACGGUGAAUUGCAUGACUGUUAUUGAAGCUUAUCAUCACGAUGAACCAAAACAAGCUGAAUCUAGAAGAUUUGAACGACGACGUGCUUUGCGUGGUCGCCGAUCACCUUUCCGGCAAUGACUUGGCUACCCUCCGCUACACCUCUCGUCGCCUUGCUGCCGGAACCGCUCGUUCCUUCAGGGCUCGUUUCGUUGUCCAUCGACGGCUGGUUUUCAGCGAAUACCCUUUACAGCGCGAAGUCCUCCGCUUAAUCAGCAGGCCGUAUCUAAGAAAGCAAGUUCGUACGCUCACCAUUCAAUCCCAUCACUGUUGGUGCAUCACAGCCUGGUACACCCAGACUAUGCCGUCCCUGGUGGCGCUGUUGGAGCUUGUAAACCCUCGUACGAUCCGGAUUCAGCUCGAACCAUCGCGAUCCGAGUGUCCGCUGCUGUACACUUUAUCACAGGAAUGGGAAGUAGGGGUCAAGCUCCUGAAGGCAGCCGUUAAGGAGGCCAGCGGUUGCCAGUCAACAGAAGUAAUUGUGGAAGAACCGUAUAUGCCCCUAUUUGAUUACAAUACCCGCUAUGCCGAAUACUGA